AUGUAUUCUCGUCCUCAGUCCUUCGAUGGUGUACCUCCUUUGGUAUCCCGACGUGUUCUGGAGACUCUAACGUAUUUGGCUCGCAAUCACCCUUAUGUUGCCAACAUUUUGCUUCAGUUCAAGCUACCCGCACCACUUUCGCUAGACUCCGAAAAAGCACGUCGCAAGGCUGUCAUGAUUAAUGAAGAUGAUAAUGUGGAACGGCCAAGCCAACAACUUGGAUCUUAUGCAAUUGCUCUGUUAUUAAGUCUUUUAAAUCAGCCACUUUAUUUGGGAAGUAUAGCACAUCUUGAGCAGCUUCUAAAUUUAUUGGAUGUCAUCAUUGAUAAUGCUCACAAAAAAUAUAGUUUAUCUGUCGAAUCUGGGGUAUCUGCAUCUAAACAAGUUCCGCAGAUCCUCACAUCAGGUGCUGAUAUAAAUACUGGAGCAGCAGCCCUAACUUCUGGGUCUGACAUUGUACCAGCUUCCUCAUCCAAGGUUGAUAAUUCCUUAAAGCCAUCCACCAGUAGCAUUGUAGAAUCUGAUACCGAGAAAGUACUUCUUAACCUACCACAGGCAGAACUUUGAUUGUUGUGCUCGCUUCUUGCACGGGAAGGCUUGUCAGAUAACGCUUAUUCCACAGCAGCAGAGUUCCUUAAGAAGUUAGUUGCCAAGGCUCCAUCUCAUUGUUCCUUAAGAAAUUUUCUGUCUCCAUGGUGGGUUGAUGCAGAUUUGAAUAAAAAAGAAUGCAGGAGCUAAUGGCUCAACGUGGUGGUGGCGGCGCUGUAAGGACCUACUUUAUUUGAUAUUCUUUCGAUUGUUACUGAAUGAUAUGAUUGGUCAAACAGGGAAAUCAGAACAACUCUGAACAGCAUAAAAUGAAGAAGCUAAGAGUUUUUUUUCUCUACCAUAGUACUAUAUGAUCAGUUUCUUGCUUUUUAUUCAAAUUUUUAAAAAUUCUUUUUUUACAUGAAUUAUGGAUCUAAAU